AUGGUCAAUACGGGUAAACCGAGCAGAGCGUGCGCGACGUGCAAGAAGAGGAAGAUUAAGUGUGACUUGCUUUCACCAGCAUGUUCUCAGUGCACGAAAUCUGGGUGGAAGUGUCCAGGCUUCCCUUCAGAGGCAGAUGUCAACUUUCGCAACCAGACGGGGAUUGUGCAAAAGAAGAACAAACUCGUUCCUCCUAACGCCGUCUCUGUCCUUGGGGCAAGAACACAGAGUGUCUCUCCAUCGACCGCGGACCAGGCGAUCAGCUUCUUCAUUCAGCAGUACGUCCUCACCAUCAACGGUGCAUCGAGCUCUGCACCCCCAAGGGGCAACCAUGAGUACCUCCCCGGCCUCUUGCGAAAUGAAACGUCUUCGUUUGGGGUGCUUAGUACCAUCACGGCAGCUGCAGGCCUUGCAGCUCUGUCCAACGCAGGUAACGCUCCUGCAUGGCGAUCUGAGGCGUUCCAGAUGUACGGAAAAGCUAUUCGACAGCUACGAGAUGCUAUCCAAGAUCCUGUUGAACAGGUAUCAGAUCAAACCCUAGCUGCAGUCAUGCUUAUGGGGAUGUUCGAGGUGAAUUCGGUAUACUUCCUUGCAAAAUUACAGCUAACUGGAUCGCAGACUAUUGCGUCCGCCGACGUGAGCUCCAUGCAGUCCUUCAGCCAUCACACCAUUGCCGCAGCACAAUGCAUCGAGAUGCGUGGUCCAGGCCAGUUCAAAAGCGAGGCCUCCCUCAAGCUCUUUAUCCAGAUGCGUCGCAUCAUUGUCAUGACAAGCCACCAGCUGCAGGAACCCAUCCCCUACGCACUGACAAAAUGGUCCAAGUGGGCAGAGCGCAUGGACAUCAAGGAACUCGAGCCAGCCAAUCGCUUCGCUGAGAUCAAUGAGAUUCUUGCGAGGGCUAGGGCCGAACUCAAGUACCAAGACAUCAAGGAUCCUGAGACAGUGGCUGCACGUCUGCUCCCCAUCGAUGAUUUGCUGAAUGAAUGGGCCCGGUCACUGCCUCCUAGUUGGUCUUACAAAUCUUACCGAUCUUUAGGGCCCGGCGGGACGCCGUCCAGCGGGUAUGAUCAGCAAUACGACAUGUAUUACGAUCCAUGGGUUGCUUGUGUCUGGAACAGCUACCGCAACAUCCGACUCCUUAUCCACGAGUCCAUCAUUGCGGCGACACUCAAGUACGGCACGGAAGAUCAGAAAAUCAACCUUCAGAGCUCAGGCAAAGUGUUAGUCGACAUGGCAAACGGCAUCUGUCAUAGCGCUGCGUAUCAUCUCGGUCACCAACCCGGCGACAGGGAAGUCGGGGGUGUCAGACAGUUCACCUAUUCGGCGGAUAUCGCCACUCCAGGAGGGUGGCUUCUCCUGUGGCCUCUGUUCUUUUCCGCCAUGUUGAGAACUACGCCCAAAGAACAGAGGCAAUGGGUGGCAAAGACGAUCAGGCAGAUGGGUCUGCAGAUGGGACUUCGGUUGGCCAUGUCCAUGGCGACCAUGCUGGAGGAGCGGGAGCUGUCAUUUUCGCACAACGACACCUUCUUCUUGGGGACAUGGCAUCCGAACUGA